UCAGUCGAUCUCAGUCAGGUAAGACCGCGAGAACUCAACUUGUGCGCUGCUCUCGAGUGAUCACACAAAAGUGUUGCAAGAAAAUUGAUCGUGAGACAAGAAGUGAUCAACGUGACUUCUUGUGUCUCUAGAGAGAUUUUUUAUUUAAUUCUCUGUGCACGCGUUCUUUUGAAUUUUAAAUAAUAAUCACACAAAAAAGUAACUUAUUUGCCAAGAACGUGAAAGAAAAAUCAUCUUGUGGCGUUUGUGAUGAAGAAACAGUGAGGGAUUUGGAAGUGAAGCACACAUAGUUAUUGGAGUUGAAUGUCAACGGGUUGCCUUCCAUUGGAAUUCAGUGAAUAAGGUGCAAUUUGUGUCUCCAUCAUCGCAAUACGGAGUGUGAUAUCUAUAUACUACGUAAGAGGUGCCAAGGGAAACGCAGUGAGGAGCAAAUUGAGAUGCAUUGUGUGCAAGUAAAGUGAUUUUGAAAGCACACUUAGUGGACAAAGAUGACUCACACAUUGAAAGUCGCCACACAACAUUUCUUCUGGAUUUCUACCUCACAGAAUCACUCACAAUAGAGAUACUUAUCGUGGUGAAGUAGAUCCCAAGCUCCAACUACCUGCAUAAAUCACAUAGAUUGUGGGAGUUCAAUCGGGAGAACACCCACCCAUCCCCCCAGCCCUCAAAGGAACGAAGCCACCCCCUUAAACUGGAUCACUGGACAGUAUCGGCCGGAAAUGUUGAAAGGGAUUAACGAGAGAGCAGUAAAGAGAAUUAAGGGGGCUCACUACGUAGCAACGCACGGAAGGGGGACCCCAGAUCCCCCAUAUGCUCAGGCAAAUAGGGGAUAUUCAACAGAUGGUGAGGACAGCCAGAGGGCACCAUCGGAAAGGACCCUUUCGGAAUAUACAGUGACAAACGAACGAGCAACACCACCCACAGCUCCAGCUAGAAAAUCCCGAAUGGAGAGACAAGAGAACGGGGUAACGAGGGGACCCACAACGGGACCACCGAAUAGACCACCCCCGCGUGUACCUUCAGCCCUAAGUUAUGACCAUGGUGGGGAUACAGGGAGCGACAUCUACGUCACAAGUGCCGCCUACAAAGCUCCCUCUGAAAUCAGUCGAUACAGUGCAAGACCACAAUCACGAGGUGGACCAAGAAGUAUCUACAGUGUGGCGAGUUCCACAAAAACGGGCCGAAGCAAUCGUUCGAGACGCGCCGCUGGCGCAACAAUCGAAGCCAUGUCAGCACCAAAUCCAUUCUGUCCAAAUGCCAAAGGCGUCUGUUGCCUCAUGCUCCUCCUCAAUCUUGGCUUAAUCCUCGUUACACUUGGCUUUGUUAUUGUCAUCCAAUUCAUGGAGCCAGUGUUUGUUUGGAUCCUCGGAAUUGUUUUCCUCAUCUUUGGAUUCCUCACACUAAUUGGCAGUAUGAUUUACUGCGUAAUUGUGUGCCGAGACGCCAAGACUCCGUCGCAGCUGAGGAAUGAAGAUCUCUACUGGACGCGACAUUGGCAGAAGAAUAUUGGUUACACACCGCAUGAGAUCAACUAUAAAACCGAUCGAUACGACGGAUACUCAGACCGAUACUCAGUCAGUAAAAUGAGCGGCAAAUACUCCGAUCGAGAAAGCAAUCAUCGAUACUAACAACAUCCGUUCUUCUAUCCAAAUGACUAACUUUCCGAAAAAAAAAGAUCAUUUUCUUGUAUUAACUAAAAUAACAAAAACAAAAUGGUGGACAUUAGGCCAUUUUAGGCGUCCUUUUAGAAAAUUCAUAAUAUCAGAAAACAUAAGGAUUUUCUGGCGUAUUUUCGUUGUCUUUUAGCUUCAAAUUCAAAGCAUUAACCCAAAAUAAAUAUUUGUGUACUUAAAAAUCUCGAGUUCCAUUAUGGAGAAUGCAAUGUAACCAGGGUAUCCCACACAGAGAGUAAAAAAAAUAUAUUUUGUAAAUAACUCAAGAAAA